AGUGGGAGCUCUGUCUGUCAUAACGCUGCCUCGUCAUUGUUGGUGACGUCCCCCCUUCCACCCGGUCAGAGCUGUGUUGGUAGCUGGUAGGCAGGAAGCUAGCUGCUGGCUAACCUGCCGUGCUACCUCCUCCGCCUCCGAAGGCAGCUGAACGGAGCUGUGAAUGAACCACGCACUUCAAUGCAUCCCGUGUGGCCGCGAUGGCAGCGACAGAAACGGAGGAUGCUGAAGCUGUUUGGUGCACUGGUUAUCCUCGGACUGGCCCUGGCGUGCAUCACCUCCUGGGUGCUGGACAGCUAUGACACGGCUUGGCACCCUAAACGGAGCGUUCAGCACCCGACUGUCGGUGAUGAAGCUGAAUCUAAGGGGAGUUCUCCACCAUUUCCCGGCGAACACUUGAACAAUAUAUUCUGGUUUGUACAGGUGUCCGAUAUUCACAUUAGUCGAUUUCAUGACCCAAGGCGCAUCCCAGACUUUGAAAAGUUCUGCACCGACACCAUAGAGGUGAUCAAACCAGCUCUUGUGCUUGCAACAGGGGAUCUGACUGAUGCUAAAACAGAGAGUAAGGUGGGAUCCCUCCAGCAUGAGGUGGAGUGGCAGGCGUACCACAACAUCCUAAAGAGGUCACGUGUAAUGGAGCGCACCAAGUGGAUUGACAUCCGCGGAAAUCACGAUGCUUUCAACAUUAUUUCACUGGACAGCAUCACCAAUUAUUACAGGAAAUACUCAGCCAAUCAGAAAGUAGGCUCUUUCCACUACGUUCACACGACCCCCUUUGGCAACUACUCCUUUGUCUGUGUGGAUGCCACCCUGACUCCAGGCCCCAAGAGGCCGUACAAUUUCUUUGGUAUUCUCAACCAGACUCAAAUGGACUUGCUGGACACGUUCAGAGCUGAGAGUCUGAAAAGCAACCAGUCGAUCUGGUUUGGCCAUUACACCACCUCCACCAUCGUCUCUCCUUCUUCAGGAGUACGAGACAUGAUGAGAUCUGCAGUUGCAUAUCUGUGCGGCCAUCUGCACACUCUGGGUGGCCUCAUGCCUGUGCUGCACAGCCGGCAUCCCCAAGGCACUCUGGAGCUGGAGCUGGGCGACUGGAUGGACAAUCGCAGGUACAGAGUUCUGGCCUUUGACCAUGACCUGCUGAGUUUCUCUGAUCUGAGGUUUGAGCAGUGGCCUGCAGUGCUCAUCACGAACCCCAAAGAUGCACAAUAUCUGCACCCAGGGGUGGAGCCACUGGGUCGGAUACGAAGGUCGACGCACAUCAGGAUCUUGGCCUUCUCAGAGGCCCCGAUCACUGCGGUGCAUGUGAGUGUAGAUGGGGAACCACUGGGGAAAGGUCACUCUGCUGGAGGCCCCCUUUAUGUUCUGCUAUGGGAUCCAUCUCUUUACCUCACAGGACUGCAUACAAUCAGAGUUAAAGUGGAGGACGCGGCAGGCCGGUCAUCAGUGCGGGAGCAGCACUUUACUCUGGAGGGCGAUCUAACUCCUACCUUCGGCUUCGUGCAGUCUUUCAUCCUCCUCACAGAUCACUACGUCCUGGGCCGUGUGGCCUUUAUAUUCAUGAUGCUGCUGAAUAUUGGUGUUCUCAUGGCCUUCAGGUUUAUGCCUAUUCUCUCGGGCAGAGGAUUGACCUCUCAAGUGUGUAUGUCACUCCGCUUGGUCAGUAAAAUAGACACUUUCUACUACUCUCUGCUACUGUUCAACCUGUGCACGGCCUUAGGCCCGUGGUUCAUAGGAGAGCUGAUUGAUGGCCACAGUGGGGCCUGCUUUGCCUUUGGAGUAUUCAUUGAUGGACAUUUCCUAGAGGGCAGUCUCACCUAUGUGGUUGGAGUUGUUCAACUCCUCUUCUUCAACAUGCCCCUCACUUCUUAUCUCUGCUGGAGCCUCCACCACCGUUGCCGUGGCAACACCUUCCGAUCCCACUUCCUGCGGCCUGGCUGCCGCUGGAGGACUCUGGCUGUUCACCUAUUCAUGCUGCUCCUCCUCACCUGGCAGGCCCAUUCCUGCUACUUCCUCCUGGAGACCUAUGGCCCCAUGGCCUUUUUCCUGUCUCCUGUGCGCACGUGGGCGUUAGGGCUCAGCCUGCUAUUGGUCUACCGCGCCUGGACAAGCCCCGCCUCUCUCAUUCGUGACACAAGCAAGAGCGUCUCUCCCUCUUGACAGUAAUUGCACGGUACCGCCGCUGCUUCCCCUCAAGCCUGACUCUCAGAUAUAUUUUGCUGUCUCUAUCCACGGCGCAAGCCUCAGUUUUCCCUGCAAAGCAGCCCCUUCCUUUCUUUCUUUCCUCUAUCCGAAGCCACUUCACAGUACAUCACUCACUAUCCUGUUUCUAGAUAGUGUUGUUUACUUAAUAUGCAUGUUGUUGUAAAUCACCGGCGAGCACAUUUCUGGCCAUAUUCAUAGCAAUGUGUACAGUGUAAAAAAAACAAUCAAAAAAUACCUUUGAUACUAAAGGGUAAAUUAGCCAAUCUGAGCUAUGUGACAGACUAGUCCAACGUAUGCUGCUGUUGACAGUAUACUGUAUUAGAGUUGUAUUCUCCUGUGGUUUAAGCUGAGUCAUUUACUUGAGAUUUAGCACUUUUUGGAAGUGUUGCCUUGGCCAAAAUGCCACUUCACCACUGCCAAAGGAUGAAUAAGAAAGAUUUCACCUUUCCUUUUCUUCUUUUCUCGUUAAACCCAUUUUCAUACGCUAACGAAGGCUGGAUGUGCCAAAAUGAUCCUUGUGGUUACCUUCUGAUAACAACUCGGUGCAUAAGAAAGGAUUGAACCACCUUUUGUAUGCUAUAUCCUUUUCCUUUUCCAUCUUGUGAAGGUCACGCCAGUAGUGGAACCUAGACGAUCGUAUUCUCAAGUAAAUUUUACACACAAUUACAGAUAAUCACAUGAAGGGAAGUACAAAUUAAUCAAGUACUGUAGCUGAUGUGUGUACAAGAGGUUUAUGACUGCUAGUUUUCAAGUUAAACAACUGCCAGUACUGUUCAAUGUUCACAUUGGAAUAUUCAUAUCAAAACUUUAAUACCAGUCUUUACCAAAACACAGAGAAGCCGCCUCCACUUUUUUCAUGUUCCUUUAAACAUGACUACAGAAAGCAGCUGUUUGUUUCUCAGGAAUGUGAGCAAUUGAACAAAAAGCUGGUCCAAGUAGUACUUCAGGACAAUGUUUUUGUACUCCUAGAGUAGCUCAGUAAACUAAACCCGCAUUAAACAAUCCAAAUGUGUGGUGGCUAAAAAACAAAAAAAACGAAAUGAAUGUUUUAAUAGCUUUGGUGAAAUGAGAUGAGCCAGCGCUAUGCUGUUUUUUUUUAAAUUUAUUCAUUCUUAUUCUAUUGUGUGAUUUUUAUUUCUCCCCACUGGUGUUUUAAAUCUGCACUGGAAAGUAUUCUUCAUUGUCAGGAUGAGUGUGGUUGAAAAGAUUUUAGAGCAUUCCUGGUGUUUGAAGUCGAUCUAACUCAGCAGUCCCCAACCCUCGGGCCUCGGACCGGUACCGGUCCGUGAGUCGUUU